CUUACACAAAUGACCCAGUGUGUGCUGUCUUCCUUCCAACCCUAGUCCCUCGGCUGGGCUCGGCUUGGUGUAUAUGGGAUGCGGAUAUUGCUGGCAUCUGGAGGUCCCACCGAGAUGGAGCAAUAGAGGACAAAGGGUCGUCCCGGGAGGCUGGCCAGCUGAUUUUGAGGCAACAACCUGUUCCAGGAGCUCGUGUAAUAUUUACUGAUGGCUCAGCUAAAGGCCUUUAUGUUUUACAGAUCUUAGCCCUGCUGAUGGAAGGAACUGCUUGCAGUGGGUGUCCAGCUCCCCAACGUCAUUUUUACACACAGAAGAUCAUGAAGAUCGCGGGACUGCUCACACUCCCCCUGGUGGUACAUUAGCAAGGUGUUGAAUUAGAAGUGGGUCAUCUGGCACACAAACCAGCAUUUAUAAGGGAUUCCAGUGUUGUGGGUGAUGACUUGAGCGACUAUUCUCCAACCAUGGACAUGCUUCGUGAUCUUAAAUGAACAUCUUUGUCUCCCCCAAAGGGAGUAACAGCCCCUGUGUUCAUGUGAGGAGAUAGAUGCAGAGAAAUCUUUCACUUCCUGGUUCCUUCUUCAAGUGCCUGAGACAGCCAAAACUGGAAUCCAGGCAGAGAAAUAGAGCUCUCAUCUGUGGGUGUACUCAUCCAAGUAUCUGCAGCAUCUUGAUGGGACAAAGCUGGAAACUACCAACUCAAUCAUAUCUGCCUUGUUUAACCCAGCAGUGUGAGCUCUGCUUGCUGCCUCCCAGGGUAGCAGCAAACUGGAAUUGAGAGAUUCAGGACUGAAGCAGAGUGGAGCCAGGCGUCAGGAACCCCAUUCUGGUCUCCCACAUCGAUGCAGGAACCUGAGCACUUGGGACAGCUUCUGCUGCUUUGGGACAUCUUCCACUGCUUUCCCAGAGCUUCGCCUGAGGAGUUCUGGAGGUGCGUGUUUUGAGGAGGAUGAAGAAAGACCUAGCUGCAUAAAUGAAGAUGUGAAGAUUUAAGCAUGACUGCAUCUGGACAGCAGACACACCCUGGAAGACAAAGUGGAUGUGAGAUGCCCUUGGAACACAUCAUGAACCGGGAUCUGGAGAAAAUCGCCAUAGAGUACAUCGUGCCCUGCCUGCACGAGGUGGGCUUCUGCUACCUGGACAACUUCCUGGGCGAAGUGGUGGGCGACUGCGUGCUGAAGCGCGUCAAGCAACUGCACCAGGACGGAGUCCUAAGGGAUGGCCAGCUGGCGGGGCCGCGCGCAGGAGUCUCUAAGCGGCACCUGCGCGGGGACCAGAUCACGUGGAUUGGAGGCAACGAGGAGGGCUGCGAAGCCAUCAACUUCCUCCUGUCACUCAUCGACAGGCUGGUUCUGUACUGCGGGAGCCGGCUGGGCAAAUACCUUGUCAAGGAGAGGUCCAAGGCAAUGGUAGCCUGCUACCCGGGAAAUGGAACGGGUUACGUUCGCCAUGUGGACAACCCCAACGGUGACGGCCGCUGUAUCACCUGCAUCUACUAUCUGAACAAGAACUGGGAUGCCAAGAUACACGGUGGAAUCCUGAGAAUAUUUCCAGAAGGCAAAUCGUUUGUAGCAGAUGUGGAGCCCAUUUUUGAUAGACUGUUGUUCUUCUGGUCAGAUCGCAGGAACCCGCAUGAAGUGCAGCCUUCCUACGCCACCAGAUACGCUAUGACUGUUUGGUACUUUGAUGCCGAAGAAAGGGCAGAAGCCAAAAAGAAAUUUAAGAAUUUAACUAGAAAGAGCGAGUCUGCCCUCACCGAAGACUGAGUGUGCUCUGAAAUCUGCUGGCCUCUUUCAUUUUCGUAACCCUUCUCGCCUGCUCUUUAAGUUGAAAUCCAAAGAUGGCCUCUUCAAUGACAACAAGCUUACCGUGACUGUUUGCCUCCUUCAUAUCCCUGUCUUGCGUGUGGUACUUCGUGUUUUCUUGCCAAGACUGCGGUGACUGACAGAGGCGAUCUCUGCCAGAUGGACCCCCUUGCUAACUCCAGGAAGACCUACAGACGUCCUUGCUGGCCGGCGCUGUAGUGGAUAGGUUCGGUGAAACUGGCUGCUGAAACACAAGCCUGGGAGCACCAGGAUGAAUCUUCCUCGCACUUUAUGGACGCUUCCUGCCUUGAAAGGAGGAGGUUUGCAAAGAAACAAACAAACCAUGGUGACAGAUAUCACAGAGAGGCAUUAUUCAAAUCUCAACAACAGGAAACAAAUUUAUGUCAUCUGAACAAUUUCCAGAUGUUCUCAACCCAGGGGGCUGAUGGGCUUUCAAGAGUAUCAGCACAACCUAAUGGCGUGAUUACCUCUGGAAAUGGCUGCUAUUAUUGUGGUCAGUUAAUAACUGUCCCAAGGCGUGGACACAUGUAGAUACAUAUAUUCUUUUUUUAGCUCUUAAAAUCUGAACUUUCUGCCUCUGUCUCAUUUUCCAGAAAAUAAUGACAUUCUGAUCAAUGGUGAUAGCACCCUUUAUUCUCUUUUUUCACUUUUUACCCGGGGAACCUCAUUCUCUCAAAGCUAACACUAGAUAUGAAUUCUUCUAUUGUGUGGUUGGAAUAGAAAUUUGAAUUUAAAUCAAAAGACCAGAGAAAUCUAUCUUGGUAGUUUGGUACCAACCUCUGAGAAGAGCAUAGGUAAGUCUACUGAUGUCCGUACAGUAGAUGGGCAUGUCUUGAACAAUUGGAGAGGGAAGCUAGAGUUGGAAAUACAGACUUCCCAGGAUUUUUUCCCCUAGUUCUCAUUUUUAUUGAGCUCACUAUUAUUUGACAGAAUCAAAAAGUGUCGGGUGCUGUAUUAUAAGUAGGAAAUCAGAGUAAAAAAGAAAAAGACUCAAGCAGUUAUUGGAAUUCUUCCAUGUUGCCUUUCCCUUCUGCCUCAUCAGCCCCACUGCAGGUGACAGUGUGGCGUGAAUCAUGAAACUUGUUAGAGCCGUGGAAGCAUCUCCUACUGCAGUCAGCAGAGACCCUGUUGCCUCAAGAACUCUGUGUUGAGCACCCAUUGUAUGAAACCUAGCCUUCCUACUUUGCAUUUCUACUUGUGUUUUUUUUUUAAUUCUUGCUUGAAAACCCUAAGAAUAUUGAGGAGCCAGCAAUAUUUUCAUUUGUCAUGUACAGAUAUAUAUACUUUCCAAGAAAGAAGUUUAUUUUUUUUUCUUUCCUGGUUUGGGAAAAUUUCCAGAUAAAACUUAUCAUCAUUCAUUCUCACAGCUGCUCCAUUUUGUUUCACUGUAGUGCUUACCACCUUCUAACUUGUUAUGUAAUUUACUUAUUUAUUUUGUUUAUUGUCUUUUAUCCUUCCUCUUGAGUGUGAGCACAAUGAAGACAGGGAUUUUGUAUGUUUUUAAUCAAUGCAAUAUGUAUUCCUAGCACCUAACAUAGUGCCUGACACACAGCAAGGGCUCAGUAAAUACUUUUGAAUAAACACUGUCUCCUAUGUUGUAA